GUCUGUCUCCGCCUGGCCUCUGGGGAGGGAAAGCAUGGCGUCCAGCGAAGAGGACGGCGGAGCCGGCAACGGCUCGCUGGAGGAGAAGGAGAGCGGCAAGGCGGCCGCCCCUCGGCGCCGCGGCUCCGUCACCACCGCCUGGCUCAUCUUCUACAACAUCACCAUGACGGCGGGGUGAGUGAGGGAGAGCGCGCGCCCGGCGGGGCUGGCCGAGCGGCGGGGCCGGGGCUCUGUCGCCGGCCGCUCUCUCGCUCGCCCGGGGAGGAGAGAGGGGCAGCCGGGGCGCCCUCGGACAAGGGGGGCGGCGGGCGGCACAGAAGGGCGGCGGCCGCGGGGGGCGAAGCUCUGGCUUGCCUGCAUUUCCUAAUACGGUGCAGCCUCCCAGCGAGGCGAGCACGUCAUGCCUCUAACCCGCCGCAGAGGUUAAGUAUAGCCCCAGCCCGGAAUGCCGGGCGGGGGUGCACUGGGGCGGCGGCGGCGGCGGCUGCAUGGGGCAGACUGCUUCCCUCGGCAUAAUUUACUGCGGCUGCCGCGCAGGGCGCAUCCCCGCUCGGCCACUGGCGGCCGCUUGCUUCCCCUGGCGAGCCGCGCUCCCCUCCCACUCUCGCAGGAGCGCAGGCUGCUGGGCUCUGCGAAGAACACCUGCCCGCCGUGCCAGAAGCUGAGCGGGGACAGACUGCGGGUUACGCCACAAGCCAACCCUCAGCCACCCUCCAAAACAGAAGAGCCGUGUGCCACCUUGAAGUGUGCCACCCAGCUUUCGACGUGGACUCAAAUCAAAGAGCAGAGCGGUGGCAAAGCUCUCUUGUUCUAUGGGCAGCUUCUUCCCAAGCCAACUAGACGAGGCUGCUGCACUAAGGAUUCUGCUGCGCCCCCCACCCCGGCCCUGUUAAAUGUAAAGAUAUACAUUAACACCUUUGUGGUAUAGUGGUUAAGGAUUGGGACCUUGGAGAGCCAGGUUCAACCACGAAGCAGCCAGCGCACUGGGCGACCCUGAGCCCCUGUCCCUCAGUCUAACCUAACCUGCCUCACAAGGUUGUUGCCGCCAUAAAAUGGGAAGGGUGAUCUCCUUGGAAGAAAAAGUGGGAUGUAAAUAAGUGGAAUAAUAAAUGCACGGCUAGUCUGGCACUUCCACAAGCCGUGCAUAUGCUAAACGUGUCUUGCAUGAGACUUACCAACACAGGGGUUCACAGUGUGCAUUUUUUUCCUACUUGAAAGUGCUCUUCAUAUACUGUAGGCAAUGUGGCAUGAAAUUAAUGAAAGUGUAGUUUUUCAGUAUGUGUGUAUUGUGAGGAGUUUCAAAGGAUCUGAGUGAAUAAGGCAUUAAAAUUGCAAAUGUGGCUUAAUGUAAGCAAAUGUAAUGUGAUGCACAUAGGGACAAAAAUAAACAAAUCAUUACUUCGCAUCAUAAUGGAUUCUGAACUGGUGGUGACUGACCACCAGAAAAGAGAACUUGGGGUGAAGAGUUCUUAGCAAAUAGUGUGAUGAAAAUGUCAGCCCUUUGCAGCUGUGAAUAAGGUGAAUUCUGUGUUGCAGAUCAUUAGGAAAGCAAUUGAUAGGGGCAGUAGGAAACUACCAGUAACAUACCGUAAUACUGUUAUACAAAUCUGUGGUGCAACUACACAUGAAAUACUUUAUGAGUUCUAAUCCCUGCACCUCAGAAACAAUAGAGUUGAACUGGGGAAGGUAUGGAAAAGGGUAACCAAAAUGACCAAUGAAGAAAGGUUUCGACCUUUGGGGCUUUUUAAGUUUAAGGGGAAAACAGUGAGUGAAAGAAAGGCUUGAUAGAGGUGUUUAAAAUUAUGCAUGGUAUGGGGUAAAACAGAAAUAGUUUUUCUCUCACUUUCCCACUGGGUCAUCCAAUGAAUCCGAAUAUUGGAAUAUUCAGGAUAGACAAAAGGAAGUAAAAUGCCUAGUUAAACUAUGGAAUUCACUGACUGAGGGUGUAGUGAUGGCCACCAACCUAGGUGGCUUUAAAAGGGAUUAGACAAAUUCAUGAGUGAUAAGGCUGUCACUGACAACUAGUCAUGAUGGCUAAGGACCAACGUCAGUAUCCAAGGUAGUAAGCCUCUGAAAACCAGUUGCUAAGGGUCACAAGUGGGAGAGGGCUCUUGCGCUCAUGUCCUGCUUCUUGGCUUCCUGUAGGCAUCUGAUUGUCCACUGUGAGACCAGAAUGCUGGAUGAGUCUCUCUGGUUGGGGCUCUUAUUUCGUUCUUUUGUAACCAGGAGGACUAGGGGAACAUGCUGGUGCCUUUCACCUGGCACAUCUUCAGUGUCUGUAGGUGCUGGUCCAUCUGUGCUAUGUCAGCUAGUAAGCAACAGCAUUCUCAGAAGCGCCUCCCACAUGCAGAUCACAAUACCAAGAGGGCUGUGUAUGUGAAAUUUCAGCCUGAAGAGGAACUACACUAUCCAGGGUAGUGGGUAUAGAAGUGCCAUAGACAUUCAUCAUUGUGGAACAAGGUGUCUUGUAUUUGCUUUUUGUUUUGAUCAUGGACCUUCUGAAUGCACACCACACUCCUGGUAAAGAACAGCUGCCUUAGCAGGAUGGAACUUGAAAUCCUAUUGCACGCUUAUCAUAGGAAAAUUGAAAUGGAAGAGUGGCUCUUUGUGUCGGAUUGGCCAUGGGAAUUUGAGCAAACCCUGGCCUCAACAUCUUAUAUUCCAGAACUAGAGUAAAAAGCCCUGGUUGGACUUUGGAGUGGGGUUGAGACCAUGGUUUCUAGAUGUUUCGCAGGGAAACCUACAUGUAGAAUGAAUGCUUUUUUAAAAUGGUGGCAAAUACGAUAGCUCUUUUUGGGUGCCCAGAUGAACACGUGUAGGUCUAAAAGACGGGGGAGUUAUACUCACAAGCCUCGCCCCUCAAUGUCCACACAUGUUCUAGCUCUGCUUUCAGCAUGUGAAGGUCUGAAGGGGGAUUUCAGAUGUUUUGGGUUGAAGGUGCUUAGAAUCCUCAUUGGAAUCAGGAAUUCUGCAUAGUCAGGCUUCCCCAUUCAAGGGUGGGUUCUAACUAUAUUCAACAAAGCACAGGUCAGGAGAGGUGUGGCCAGGGCUGGUACGCACAUAGAUGUCCAGCACAGACCCAGUACAACCUCCUACAUGUCUGAGCACUCACACAUUCCUUUGAACACCUAAGGGGUCUUAUAUCAGCUAUGGAAGGAAUUUCUAAUUAAAAUAUACAUUAUUACAUUUAUAUCCCACCUUUCAUUCAGUAGUGCAACAUAUAAUUAUCCAACAAACCUGUGAGAUAGGUGAGCCCAGGGCUGUUUUCCAGGAGGAACUCACAGGAACUCAGUUCCGGCACCUCUCAGGUGGGCACCAUUGCCAUUCUAAGAGAAUGAGGGAGGCGUUCAUGGUGAGUUCUGGCACCUCUUUUUUUGAGAAAAAUAGCACUGGGUGAGGCUAAGAGAGUGUGUGCCUGGCUCAAGGCUGUCCAGUGAGCUCUAUGGCUAAUCUCCCUUUCUGCAGCCUUCCUUUGCGCACAGACGCCCUCCAUGGUAACCUCUUACAUUUCCCUCCUAUGACACAUAGCAACAACUAAACACCCUUUUCAUCUUCUGUCCAAUUAUAAAGCCACUGUUCCCUCCUAAUCUGCAGCCCCUUUUGUACCCCUGCUUUCAUCUCUGCCUCCCUUUUCAUGCUUCCUGCUCCCUCCUUUUUGCAGCUGCCUUUGCACCCCCCCCAUUUUCACCUUUACUUUCUGUUUUCUCCAUCUUGCCUUUUCUCAACUCCCUCCCUCUUGCCUACAGACCCCGCUCCUCACUAUUUACAUGCCUCUUCCUCUCUUCGAUUAUACAGUCUCCUUUGCACACCCACCCACUGUUAUGUUACUGUAUCUUUAAGAUGAAUACCAUCUUAAGAGCAAGAGUUAGAGAUGGAGAAGGUUCAGUUCAGUUGAUGGAUGCUGUGCAUAUACAGGUGCUUGCUUGGUAAUAAUUCCUACAAUGAAUCUGGAACUUCAUGUUGGACAACACAUGGUAUUGGGUCUGAAAGUACUAUGGAAUAUUUGAGGGUUCUUAAUCUUUUAUCUCCCUCAUGUGAGGCAACUAAGGAAUGGAAGUUUGAGUACAGCAAAAAGGAAGUGACAUUGAAAUAGUCCCCUUUAUUUUUUUCCAGUGCCCCCUUUCACUCCUCCACAGCACUGCACAUGUCCCUUUUAAUUCAAUUCACUUCCAUCUGCCCCCUCUCCAAUUUUGGUUCUCCAGUUUUCUUCUCCCCAUCACCAAAGCCUUAAAACUCUCUUCUCUCACACCUCCCUCCCCUACCUCUCAUAUUAUCCCACAUUCCUCCAAAUGCCGCGUUUACCUCCACUCUGUUCUACCUGCCCCUGCUCCAAUUCCUCUUUUCUCUUCUCUCAGUGACCAGAGGUCUAAAACUGUCACACACAGAGACAGUCUUUUCUCCACAAGGCAUUCUCUUCACCCCUGAAUCAAACCAUUUACUACAGACACAAGUCCACUCCUUUUUCUUCCUGCCUGCUCCUUCUUCCCUUGCCUCUACUUUCAAUCCUUGGGAAACAGCAAAUAAAAACAGUGUGAUGACAGACCAGUGCAAAUACAGUACAGAAAGAAAGAAUUUUGCUGAACAGAGUUCUUGAAUCCGCCCCCCCCCUUCUUCUGAGGCACAUUGGGGUUCUAAUCCUACCACAAACUAUGUGGGUGAGCCUAAGUAUGUGUGAGGAAACUUUUGUAAUUGUAGCAGUUCUAUUAAAUGUGGUAAAUGUCAGCUGAGGUAGAUGAGAUUUUGUGUCAAGGGUGCAGUGAGGUAAUUUACACUCUGAACUUAGUGGAGUUUAUAGGGGAGCUGCUGUUUAGAUGGCAACAUAUUUUAUGUCAUUUACUUCAAAAUGUGGUAAGCCAAAAAGUUUGGGAGGCCAUUCUGCUCAUGCUUUGGAAUGGGGUGCUGGACUCCUGCCUCAAAGGCCUGACUGGAAAGUAGUGCUGCUUGGUAGAAGGUCUGGUAAGAAAUAAGUUAACUGCACAAAUUCAUUAUUCAUUAAGAAUACUGUUUCUUCUCUUUCUAGGUGGCUGGUUUUGGCUAUUGCCAUGGUGCGGUUUUACAUGGAAAAAGGAACACACAAAGGCUUAUACAAAAACAUUCAAAAGACACUUAAAUUUUUCCAGACUUUUGCUUUGCUUGAGGUAAGUUUUUUAAGCGAUACAUUUUUUAAAAAUGGGACAGUGGUGGUCUGGGAAAAUACUUUCAAUGAAACAUUAACGGACCCAAAGAAGUUUAGUCUGUUGUCAAGCUAACAGAAGUUCCCAUACCUUCAGCCAGAGGGAAUGGUUCUCAUAAAUUAGGCAGCCUAAAUUAACUGUCUCUGGACUGCUGAGUUUGAGGUCAGAAGCUCCAUACAUGGAGACGCGACCAGCCCCUAUCCUGGCAGCUACCAGUCCGUGUGACAUGUUGACUCUAGGCCUGUAUGGAGGUGCCGUUUGUAUCAAUGGGUGCCUCCUCAUGGAGGCUGUAUUUGUAGCUCAUGGAGUAUGAUUUGUAUGGUUGCGGCGAUCCUUUAUCUGAGCUGUCAUCAUUAUGCAACUUUAUUAUUCAUUUAUUUCAUACACACACACCCCGACACCACUUUUCUGCCACGACAUCCAAGAUGGCUUACAGUUUUAAGAUAUUAAAGCAUGCUCUGAUGGCACUCAGUGUGGUUGGUUGGCUGCCAGCUAAUAUGAACCAGGUCAUACAGAUUUAUUCUUGACACAAAGCUAGCAUACAGAUUUGCUAAACAUUAUUUAAACAUAAUGAAUGUCUAAAUAAUUUAGAGUGAUUAUGAGUGCUUUGUGAAAGAGCUUGCAAACUAUGCAGAAUUUGGAAGAAAGGCACUUUAAUUUGGGCUUUUUGUAAAUCACCAGUCUUUCGAGUUUCCCACUGAUUUGAAAUUGAAUUUUAAGUUUCUCACCCUCUUUUUCGCAUAGUUUGCUGCCAUUUAUUCAUGGAACCCCUGCUGUUUUUCUAUAUCUGUUGCCCACACUUUGUGUGUGACUUCAGCUCCAUGAGUUCCCAAGGUGGUGUUGGAGUUGCCUCCCCAUGCUGUGAUUCUUUCCCAUAGUAUGAUCCUGGGCGUGAAUAUGCUUUACAGGCCCAAUGCUGUGUUCAUCAGCUAGCUGAGAGGGAGAGAAUUAAAGUGCACCACGCAAUGGCAUUUGUCCCCAAUAGGGGUGGGUAGCUACACCCACCUACACUUCUCCUGACAUUAUAUAUGACAUCAGGUGUGGGGCAGUCAAAGUGGGGCUUUGCAGGCACCGCUGAUUGGCACUGCCUGCAAAGCCCCAUGCACAGCACUUCCAAAGUGCUGAUCGUUGGUGGUUGGAAAGCUCUGCACACAGUUUUUUGCCUGCAUGGAUUGAUAUCAAACUGUGCAGGAUAGAAGGAGCCACCUUAUAUUAAAGUCAUACCUCGGGUUACAGACGCUUCAGGUUGCGCGUCUUUGGGUUGCACACCGUGCUGAACCUGGAAGUACUGGAAUGGGUUACCUCUGGGUUUCGGCGCAUGCGCAGAAGCACUGAAUUGCGACCCGUGCAUGCACAGACACAGCGCUGCGGGUUGUGAAUGCUGCGAGUUGUGAACAUGCCUCCCACACGGAUCAUGUUCGCAACCCGAGCGUCCACUGUAUUGUGAUGAAUGAUUGGCAGGUGAGUGACACCACCCACCUGUCAAACAUGGCUCAGUGUGUGUGUGUGUGUGUGUGUGUGUGGACAUAAGAAUCUGCCCCACUGGCCAGAACCAGUUUUCUUCCUCAGGCGUGCAACAUUGUACAGUACAGGCAAUGUAUGUCGUACAGCUUGCAUGCAUUUGAUCUCAGACUUGCUCCAGCCCUCCUAACCUCCCUGGAGUUUGGAGGAUGGUAAUUUUUUAGGAAACCUCAUAGACCCAGAUGUGGCCCACCAGCCAUUCACUGUUAGUCCCAUGUACAAUGUUUAUUUAGUUGUACCAUUAUUUUCAGAGACACUCUCUUGUGUUUUUGAAACCAUAGAAUUUUUAUUUUAUUUUUUUAAAUCUCACUUCCUCAUUUGGAAAUCCUGUUUCCAAAAUAGGACACCAAAAUAAAAUUCUGACAUCGUCCCCCAGGGUUCCAUUUUGUCCCCCAUGCUAUUUAACAUCCAUAGGAACCCCCUGCGAGCUGUCACCAGGAGAUUUCAGGUGAAGUGUCAUCCAUAUGCAGAUGACAUCCAGCUCUAUCUCUUUUCCAUCUGAAGCAGGAGAGGUGAGAGUUGAGGUGUUAGACAGGGGCUUAGAGGCAGUGAUGGGUUAGAUGUGGGCCAACAAACAGAAGCUGAAUCCCGAAAAGACAGAGGUGUUGUAUGUCUAAAGCAGGCUUCCUCAACCUCGGCCCUCCAGAUGUUUUUGGCCUACAACUCCCAUGAUCCCUAGCUAGCAGGACCAUGGUCAGGGAUGAUGGGAAUUGUAGUCUCAAAACAUCUGGAGGGCCGAGGUAGAGGAAGCCUGGUCUAAAGUCUUCAUAGGCAGGAGGUAGGAAGAUGGUCUGCCCUGGAUAGGGUUGAACUUCAUUGGAAAGAGCAGGUCUGCAGUUUGGAGGUGCUCCUGGAUUCAGUACUGUCACUAGAGGCUCAGGUGGCCUUAGUGGCUUGGGGUGCUUUUUUCCAGCUCUGGCUGGUUCGCCAGAUGUGGCGGCGGUUCGAAUCCCCAUGACGGGGUGAACUCCUGUUGCUCGGUCCCUGCUCCUGCCAACCUAGCAGUUCAAAAGCAUGUCAAAGUGCAAGUAGAUAAAUAGGUACCGCUCCGGCAGGAAGGUAAAUGGCGUUUCCGUGCACUGCUCUGGUUCACCAGAAGUGGCUUAGUCAUGCUGGCCACAUGACCCGGAAGCUGUGUGCCGGCUCCCUCGGCCAGUAAAGUGAGAUGAGCGCCGCAACCCCAGAAUCAACUGGACCUAACAGUCAGGGGUCCCUUUACCUAAUAUUGUAAUAUCCUCUAUGUGGGGCUGCCCUUGAAGAAGAAACUUCAACUGGUCCAAAAUGCAGCAGCCAGAUUACUGGCUGGGGAUCCACUUAGAUCUCACAUAACCCCUGCUUUAAAACAGCCUCACUGGUUGCAAGUUUGUUUCCAGGCCUAACUUCCAGACCAUUGAUUUCAGUGGUUCUAUAGAGAAUAUGACUUGUGUUGCAUAUACAACCCAAUUUAAACAACUUGAGGCAGCAAUCAAAAUUUGAAAUUGAGUUACAAGCCCCUUUAACAUUGCAAAUGUAGUGAGCUGUUUGGCUUCUGGGUUCUACUGCCAUGGCUGGUGAAGGGAUGCAUGACUGUACAUGUAACAGCAGCCAGUUCGCGGUCAUAGAAAUGUAUUGAGAUAAAUAGCAGAACAUGGUACAACCCAAAUAGUGCAGCUAAUAAUUCAAGUAAAAAAAAAAUUAUGCGGGUGGCACUAUGGGUUAAACCACAGAGCCUAGGACUUGCCGAUCAGAAGGUCAGCGGUUCGAAUCCCCGCGACGGGGUGAGCUCCCGUUGCUCGGUCCCUACUCCUGCCAACCUAGCAGUUCAAAAGCACGUCAAGUGCAAGUUGAUAAAUAGGUACCGCUCCGGCGGGAAGGUAAACGGCGUUUCCGUGCGCUGCUCUGGUUUGCCAGAAGCGGCUUAGUCAUGCUGGCCACAUGACCCGGAAGCUGUACGCCGGCUCUCUCGGCCAAUAAAGCAAGAUGAGCACCACAACCCCAGAGUCAGCCACGACUGGACCUAAUGGUCAGGGCUCCCUUUACCUUUACCUUUACUUAACAAAGUGCAUAUGCUGCUUAAUUAUAAGGAAACCUCUAAGGAGGUUAUACUAUUAGCACUUAGGUGCUCAUUAUAUUCCAAGCCUUAUGCUUUCCAGUGGAGAGGUGGAAACAGUUGCCAGAUGUUUUACCUCUCCUGCCCCUACAUGUGCAACUUUAAAAAAAAAUAUUUUUAUUGUUUUGCUGUUUAUGAAGUGCCUAGUUUUGCAACAGGGUGGUGGUAUUCUCCAUGCUGUCAUGUGCCCACCUGCCAGUAGAGUCAUGUCCUGAUGCUCAUUCCUCCAUGAGUCUUCUAUAGUUUGUAUUUUCCAUGUUAAAUUCUAUCCCAGCCUAGAAGUUCCAUUUCUGUGUUUUAUUUCUCACAUGACUAUGAUGCUAAUAGACUUGUUACGGUUUUGCUUUUGAAAUACUCAGUUGUUCAUCCUCCCCAUCUCUCUCUCUUUAAAUUUACAGAUAAUCCACUGUGCAUUUGGUGAGUCAUGGUUUCAGUUUCUCAGUUAACUAAACAAAAUCCUGCCCUGUGAGACAAAGGUGACCUGUUUCUCUUUUUAAGGAGUAGUGCACACUUCUAUGCUUGUGACGGGGGUCCAAGUGAGUUCCAGAAUCUUCAUGGUGUGGUUUAUUACACAUAGUGUAAAGCAGGUAAGUGUCAUGAAACUGUUUGUCUCUUCAACUCUGCGUGUUUUUUGUGUGACAAUUCGCAGUCUUCUAAAAGUCAGCGGAGAUGUGUCUUCAGCAAGGCUGAAGGAACCUUCAGAGGGCUGAGGCUGACUUGUAACAGCACACAGCUCUGCAGGCAGAACUUAAAAGUUCCUCAUUUGUGUCUGCCUUACGCUUGGGAGAUGAGGACUUAAAGGCCAUUGGAGAUGGAUAUCUGAGCUAGGUUGGCCUCCUGCCUGGUUUGCUCUCUCUAUGAAACAAGAUCAAAGGCUGACACAUCUCUUUGGCAACCGAUUCACCAAGCUGUCGGGCUGUCCCUGUUUCGGAGAGGACUUAAAAUUAGCACAUGUUGAAUGGACUAAGUGAAAGUAAGCCUUAAGCUAAACGCAUGUGAAUUAAUCUUUCAUGCAGGUGUUUUCCUAGUUAGCAUUAAUGUCAUUGUUCUUAGGUAUGUGCAGUAAGUGCUUAUAAUAGGUAUAAGGAAAGACUCCUACCAUUUCUUUAUAAGCUCCCAGGGGAAAUUAGCUGAGGCUGAUGAGGUGUAUAUUACAAAGUUAAAUUGGACCAGAGUGGUUUUAUGUGAAAGCCUAGUGCCUGAUGUUAAUUACCACUAACUAACAUCAUACUGAUUUCCAUUGGGGUAAAUGUUAAGGAUGUGCUUCCAUUGGAAAUUUGUGCAGGAAUCCUAAGCGUUCCUACUAGGAAGGCAAAUCGCACUCAACCAAACUCAGACUUAACUUCUGCUUAGGAUUGCCCUGGAAAGUGUGGCGUGGUGGCUGGACAGUGCCCAAUCUUUCACGGAGUAUAGAAUGUGCUUUACAAUAGUUCAUAAUUUCAGGCUGCGAUAGUUGCUCCACAAUUCAGUUUUCUUUUGAAUAUCUUAAUGGUUACAACCAAAAUUAAUCCUAGCUUUUUUUUCAUUUCAUUUCUAUACUCAUUUGCUGAAAAGGGCCCAGCCAUUAAACUGUAUCACCAGCAGGUGGCAGUUUUGACUAUCUGCUUAUAGUCAUGAACGGCAUAAUUUCUUCAUUCCUUUUUAUGUUUGUUUUAAACAUGCUUGCAGGUGAGAACUCUUGGGCUGAUUAUUUUUAAAAAUUUGUAUCCCAAACUGUGCGGUUUGCUCAGAACCACAACAGCUUGCUUUUAAAUGAUAGAACAGGUUUAACAUUUAUACUCAUUUUUCUUUAUUUUUAUGCCUUGGUACAAAUGUUUUCCAUUUUUUCCUAAGAUGCCAUGUCCGCAUUUGAGGAGAAGGAGGAACUAGAUUCAUGCAGUCAUUGGCAUAUAUCAGUGAGUUUGGGAAGAGGCCCUGCCUAGUAGGAAGUUCCCCCUAAGUAAAGGUAAAGAUAAAGGGACCCUGACCAUUAGGUCCAGUCGUGACCGACUCUGGGAUUGCGGCGCUCAUCUCACUUUAUUGGCUGAGGGAGCCAGUGUACAGCUUCCGGGUCAUGUGGCCAGCAUGACUAAGCCGCUUCUUGCAAACAAGAGCAACGCACGGAAACGCCGUUUACCUUCCCGCCGGAGCGGUACCUAUUUAUCUACUUGCACUGCUUUCAAACUGCUAGAUUGGCAGGAGCAGGGACCGAGCGACAGGAGCUCACCCCGUCGCAGGGAUUCAAACCGACGACCUUCUGAUCGGCAAGUCCAGGCUCUGUGGUUUAACCCACAUCGCCACCUGCAUCCCAUCCCCCUAAGUAACAGUCAUAUAAUACAUUUACUAGCACAACUGAAAAGCAGCCUUUUGAGAUAAUUUAAACCUGUGGUGGAGAACCUCUAGGCCACACACCAAAUAAGGUCUGCCGGGACUCAGAGGCUUGGUCCAUCAGGCCAUCUGGGGCCAACCACGCCAACCCUUCCUCGGUCUCACAUCCUAUUUGAACUCAAGCCAGGGAUGCAAAGGAUUCUCCUUUGCAGAUGUGACUUGCACUCCAGCAGGGGAUGCAAACAAAGAAUCUCCCUUUGAAGCCAUCUUGAAUUUUGAAUCACCUGGUGUCAUAUGACACCAGGUGACUGACAGGUGGACAACUUAGCCCACCCAUCAGAGUGGUCUGUGGAGGGUGGCCAAGUUUGAGGUAUGGCCAGCAUCAGAAUCUACUUCUGCACUCCUGAUCUAAGCUCUUAAGAGGCUGGAUUUUAAAGCAAAAAUAAACCAUGAUUAAGGUCUAACAUAAAAUAAAGAAAGAAAACAAGGUAAGAUAAAUAAUAAUAAUGUCGCUAGGUAUGAUGAAUAAGUCCCAGUCUGCAACUGAUAAUUAAAAUGAAGGAGGGAAGGUGUUAUUCAAAUGCAAUUAACUUCGAUUGUGCUAGAUGUAAAAAUGGAUUUUUGACUGUACCAAGAGCAACAUAAAAGACAUGAAACAUAAAAGACAGCAAUUCUGUUCUGCAUCUAGCACUAAUCGAAACGCAGGGGUGUCUUGUAGGGCAGGGCACAGAAUCUGCUUUUUUGCUCACAGGGAACUGCAUUUUUCCUCUUGCAGGAGGGAAACCAGCCAGUCUGUCCAAAAUAAGCUGAUAACAUUGGCAUUGUAGAAAGAAGUGUACUGUAUCUGCAUUUCUGCAUCUUUGCCAUGUUUUGUAUUUUGCUAGGAUAUUGGUCCACAUGCUUUAUGCUAAGCCAUUAAUUUUCUGGUGCAGCGAGUUGUGGGCUGUGGCUACAUAUGAGCUUAAGCUCAAAUGCUUAACUGUAACUGGAUUGCUAACAGAACUAUUAUCAAGCUCAUCAUCCAUAUAAACUGUCAGCUUGCUCUCUUUUUGUAACAGAAUGCAUAAAAUCCAAAAGAUUAGAUCCCCACACAUACCUCCUGUGGAUAAGACAUUGCAAAGAAUCCUCCCGAAAACCAAUGCUCAUCAAUUUGCUGAGAAUGGAAACUCUUUGAACAAGCGCGGAGUUUGAGCAGUCAAGGUUUUAAAUCAAUUUUUGUAUAUAUUAGCUUGUUAAGGCUGCUCUUUCUUCAGAAUUUCAGGUGGGCAAUAGCACAUUAAAAAUAGAAAGCUGUGUAUAAACUGUUAAAAAACAACAACACUAGACUGCAAUUUUGUGCACACUUACCUGGGAAUAAACCCUUUACUGAACAGAGUAGGACUUGCUGCUGAGUAAGCAUGCAUAAUACAUUUUUCUUUUAUUUUGUUUUAGGGAUUUACAAAGUACAGCCACCUUUUAAUCAAGUCUGCUUUAGACGCAUUGCCAUUCCUCUUACGAACCAAAUUAGUUUGUCCAUUUCUGCUAAUUCUAAGCAUUUCAGAAACCAUUCACAUGUAGAUAGAACAUAAGGAUAUUUCCAUUUUCUGGCCUGCACUACUCUGGGUGUGAUUAACAAGAUUUUCACUAAAGAAUCUGUUCUGCAGACACAUCAUCCCCAAUCUUACCAACAUUGGAGAAAGACUAAAAUCUGCUCCUAUCGUCAAUGUAAUCUGUUGCAUAAUAUGUUUCCAAAACCCAUUGGCAAGUUGACAUUCCCACCAGUAUGUUGGGUGAACAUUAAUACAAAACAUUUGAAGAGCAACAGUAAACACUUGGUGCUACUCCUUGACCUCAUGUGGUACUUGAGAUGCUCACCUGUCUGAAAACUUCACGGUCUUCGGAUUUUGUCAAGUAGUUGAGCACGGGAUCCCCUUCUGGUCUUGUAACAAAAUCUGUGUUGCUUUAUCUUAUUUCACAGACACCCACGGAGCUUUUAUUAGUUUUCAGGCACUUUAACGGAAAAGAAAAAUACUAUCUGUAAUUCCUCUUCUCAGAAUGCAGUAAAAGAGAUCCCUGCCCCUCCUUUGCAGAGUUAGAAAUUAAUCUGUUGUUGCUUGUUUCAGCAGCUCUGGGUAGCCUCUGAUAUCUUGAAGUGGUUGGUAGAUGUCCAGCACCUGCAAAGACAGUAGAAUGACUUGGUUGUUGACCAAGCUGCAGAUGAGCAUAUAGUCAGCUACAGUGCCUAGUUCCUUGCGCCAUGUUGUACAUUUGGAGAUCUUACUGCCUAAGUGAUCCUCUUGUAGAAAUGAUUCCAGCCAGCAUUCUGGCAUUGGGUUCUUUUUGCAGCCUCUAGCCUCCUUUUGAUUACACAAGACAAAGUGAAAUUAUCUUAAUUUAUUGGAAAAUAAAACAUGUGGAGAGGAAAAUGCUGCAACAGACAGGCCUGGCACCAGAUAAUGGGAAUAUUAGGCCUGGAAAGGCCAGGGCCCCGGAACCAGCAGAGGGCUUAUCAUGGGCACAGUGGUACCACCUCUACUUAUCCUAGAAGGUCAGAUGCAGCCUAAGAGAGUUCUCACUUCUGUAUGUCCAGCCCUUUUUUCUGAUUAGGGUCGCCCAAGGGCCCCCUCCAUCAACUCUUAGAUCAAGCACUGUAAAGAGGAGACUAUAGAAGGCUUCCUAUACUAGACGAGGCACGAAGGUCAAAAAGGAUGUGGAAGCAAAAUAGUAGCUGGGUUGAAAACAGAUGUGUUUUGUCAGUGAUGUGCCCCUUCAGAUGUUGUCAGAUUCCAUCUUCCAUCUGUCCCAGCCAGCAUGGCCAAUGGUUCGGAGUUAUCAGAAAAGUAGUUCAGCAACAUUUGAAGAAUAACAGGCCAAAGAAGAAUUAUUUGGGAAGGUAACUAAAAAGGUUGUGGGGCAGGUGGGAAGAGAACCAUGUGCAUACGUGAAUUUGCUAUACAGUAUUUAGUUAUUGCUCUGUUCCAUAGGCAAUCUCUCAGUUUGGUGCAGGAUGUUUAGCAUAACAUGCAUUCUUCUUAAAAACAUUGAUUUGGGUGUACUGCCUUGCCAUUCUGUUGCCAGCUUUCUUUACAAUUUAAGGAUGCAGAAAAUGUUGGUUCUUUAUACUUCUACAGAUCCAGAAUGAGGACAGCGUUAUUCUUUUUCUGGUCGUAUGGACUGUGACAGAGAUUACUCGAUAUUCCUUCUACACAUUCAAUAUGCUCAACCACUUGCCAUACUUCAUAAAAUGGGCCAGGUGGAGAAUGCCUUGCAGUUUAGUCUCUCAUUGUUCUGUGCAUGCUAAUUUUCAUGCAUGCUGAAUCGGCAAGGAAAUAAACAGUGUGUGGUUUGUUUUUAAAGCUGAGAAGUUGUGUUUGUACUUUUGGAUCUGCUUUUAAUGCAGAGUUUGCUGGUUUUAAAAAAAUAACCUGUCCUGUGUUCAUGCCAUUAAUAUUUCUAGAGAGUUCUUAUGUGUCAUUUGAAAAUUGCAUAUUGAAUAAGCUAGAAAAAAUGUUUGUUCACAGGUGCUUUGCUUUUGCUUGGAUAAUAUGCUAUUUUGGGAUUCCCUAUAGAUAAACAAGGCCUUUUAUAAGUGAAAGUACAAAAGCUUGCAAAAUGCAACACCUGUGCGAGUCUUUCUGUUAUGUCAAUUUGGGGAUAUAAUUCUGCUGCAAUUCAAUGCAAAAGUAGACUAGGUAAAAGAAAUACAAGGGAUGCAGUUUGGGGGAAGGCAGCUGCAACCUUAACUGAAAAUCUUCCUACCCCAGGGGUGAGGAACCAGUGGCCUUCCAAGUAUUGUUGGACCAACUCCCUCCCUGAUACAUUGGUCAUGCGAGCUGGAGAGUUGGAAUCCGUUGGCAACUGCGGUUCUAGCCUUUUGCCAUGUUGCUGCUGUUGGCCAGUGUGCUUGUAUUGUAAACAUUGACCCAAGUAUUUUGAGUCAAUCAUAGACAUAUUUACUUGGAAGUAAGGUUCGUGUGUGUCUUCAGUGGGCUUCUCCCUGGUAAAUGCAUAUUAUUGGCAGUUUCAGUGGCUGGUGCUGUCACCAUUUUGUUUAACAGCUUGCGUCAACUGAAGCAGACACUUUCAACUGCACUCUGGUGGUGAGCAUGUGGUAGUUUAGAGACCCAGUCAUAUUCACAUACAUGGCAAAAGCUUCUGCAAUUGCAACACCUGCAGCUCUUUUCUCUCAGGAUAGAUAUUUUUCCUUUUUAAAUAAAAAAAUACAGCUGGAUAAGUGAUCAGAUUUCACUGAUCUAGAGUUCUUUUCUAAACUGAGCAUUCAGUUUUAUACAUGGCAUGUUUAAUGUUACGCAAUGUGUAUGCCAAAUGAUAACAAACUAGUGUUAGGACAGUAUAUUUCUCCUUUUAGCCCAGCAUCAUAUACUCUUGACUAGCAGUCACUAUCCAGUGUCUUGCUUGAGCUCCUUCCCAUCACUUGCUACUUUUAAAGUGGAGAUGCUAGGGCUUGAUCCAGUAUUUUCUGCAUACAAAGCAUGAGCUCCAUCACUGAGUUUUGGUACCUCCCCCCCACACCUGCUGCGAAAACACUACAAAGCAAAGCAGACAACCAUAUUCUGAUUCCACCGCCCCCCUCCAUUGUGUAUUAUCUCUUAAAUGAGAUUUCAGAAUUCAAAGGAACUCAUUUAGCACCCUGCCUUUCAGCGCAUUAAAAAAAUGUGACAAACUAUUAUUCCGUACUUCUUUGUAAUAGUUUGGGAUUUUCUAAUCCUCUUGUGUUUGCUGCCAGAGGAGCUUUGCCGCUUUGUGCAUAGGAGAAUAUGUCCAGCUUAGCUAUAUGAAAACUCUCCUUUCAUUAAUUGGCUUCUGAUGUGCCUAGGCAGUAUCAUUGAGUUCUCUUUCUUUCUUUUUGCAUGCCGCUAAUGUGUUUGGUUCUCUUGUGCACCCCAUACAGUCUACUUGAGUUGAGUUCUUUUGAGGGUUUCGGGUUCCCUGGCUGCACCUGUUUUGGUCAUGGAAUGCACAUGGUGCAUUUCCUUCUGACCCUGGGAGCAAACCAUCUUUGCCUUUUGCAGCCUGAGUUCAAGAGGCUGGUUCUUUAUGAAUUGCUGCAUUUGUAUGCUUUUACCUUGUGCAAAAAACAACAACUCUGUCAAAGUAUUUAUAGCUUUAAGUGUCUGGCGUGUAAGGUGACAAAUAUAAAAAAAGAUAAUGUCAUGUUUAUUAAAGCCACUAGUUUUUUGGGUGUGUGUAAAAAAUGAGGUGCAGAUACCUGUAUAUUGAUAAAAGUGCCAAAGGUAAAAGUGCUCAAAAUUGCUUCCAUGGCUAGCAGGAAAAAAGAGGUUCUACCAGUGAAUACUUUCCCCCCCAAAAUGCUCUGAAUAAAGCAGUUGCGCCUUUCAAGACCAGUGUUUUUUAUAUUUCGGAAUUGAGCAUGGGCUCUGCCAAAUGUCCAUAGUACAUUCACAUAUUUCAAAAGGAUAGUUCCCAACUUCAUUAUUUUUCAGUUAUUUUUGAACACAGUUGUACUAUUAACUAUAAAGCAAGCCAGAUGAGUACACUAGGGUAGAAUCUAGUUAGCUAUGGAUGCCUUCUCAAGAGGAUUUUUUGCCAAUUCACCCUUCCCCUUGCAUCCCUCAGUGACUUCCAAAAACCAGUCCCAGAGACUUGGGAGACCCUCCAGAACAGGAUGGAAGGUGGCUGGGGGCUUGAAAGACUGCAGGGGGAAUAGGCAAAAAUCACUUUGCUCCCUUUUCCAUUUUGGAGGCAUCUACUUGAUCAAAAGUUCUUUCGUGAGCACAAGCACACCAGUUGAAUCACACCACUGUAUGCUGCUCCUUUGUCCAAACAGCAGCAGCCGUUGUAGACACAAGUGCAUUGGCUGAUAUUCCUCUACUUAGGAUGUGUGUGUUUUUAGUAUCUUCAGGGUAAACGUUUAAAGUCUGAUCUUCAGGGCCAAAGUUUAAAUUCAGAUCUUGAUCGAACAUGUCCAUGUUCAAUAAAUAAAAGUUCUGACUCUGCCAAUGAAAUGAAAUACCGUAUUUUUCGCCCCAUAGGACGCACUUUUCCCCCUCCAAAAAUGAAGGGAAAAUGUGUGUGCUUCCUAUGGGGCGAAUGCAGGCAUUUGCUGAAGCCUGGAGAGUGAGAGGGGUCAGUGCGCACCGACCCCUCUCGCUCUCCAGGCUUCGCGCAGAUCUCUGCAAGCCGUGGGAGCCCGCACCGGGCUCCUGCAGCUUGCGGAGAGUUGCCUGCAUGCCGAAGGCUGGGCGCGCUGACCUCAGCAUGCUCAGACUUCGCGUGGCUCUCCGCAAGGCGCGGGAGCCCUGCGCUGGGCUCCCACGGCUUGCGGAGAGUUGCCUGUUCUGGGGGCUGGGGUCGGGGGAAGCUCGGGCUUCCCCCGCCCCAGCCCCGCACCUGGGGGAAAAAUAAUUCCCCCCCUUUAUUCCCCCCCCAAAAAAACCUAGGUGCGCCUUAUGGGACGGUGCGUCCUAUAGGGCGAAAAAUACGGUACUAGGCAAAUCAGACCAUCUUUCCCAAUUGCAGGCUUAGGUAAACCUGAUUGCAAAGGACAUAAUAUAUUAAUAACGCCCCCACCAAGGAAUUCUUCAUGGGGAUUAAAAACUCCAUCCCAAAAUGGAGUUGUUCCAUUGUUCCCUGGCGAUUGCUGACAGCCAACACAAUUGAGGAAGACAGUAGGGAGACCUAUGGCUGCCCACAGUUGACUGAAGUGUGUAUUCAGUUGGCUGGCUCAUUCACCCGAGUUUACAGCUUUUGAGGAAUUUACAGCAUUUUGCUCAACCAGAACACAUGGGCAGCAAGCAUGAUAAGUUCCAUUGCAUCUAGGGGAGCUUACUCCCAGGUAAGUGUUGUAAUCCAAAGCAGAAAAUCAGGACGAUAAUGGUUGGAGUGAUUUGUUUAGAUAUAUUGUUUCUUCCAGGUACAAUUUUUUCAUCAUCUUAUAUCCCGUUGGAGUCAUCGGUGAGCUUUUAACCAUUUAUGCUGCCUUACCUUACGUGAAGAGAUCGGGGAUGUUUUCAGUGAGACUUCCCAACAAGUAUAAUGUCUCUUUUGACUACUACUAUUUCCUCCUCAUCGUCAUGGCAUCCUACGUACCACGUAGGUAUCGAUAGAUGCAUGUGGAAACAUUUGUCUUUUAAAAGUGCCAUUCAAAAGCUUAUCCUAUCUUCUUUUAUUACUCGGUUACCUUACCUUGCAUCUUUCCAUAACCAAGUAAUAUGUAAUAAACCCAAGCCAUCCCCAUUCUUCCAAAUUUGAUCACGCUAACCACCCUGUGCUUUCUGCCUUCAUCUUGUGCCCUGCUUAGCAACAUUCCCAAACAAUGAAUUGCUCAGGAUGAAACACGGCUUUGGGCUACAUGUUCUUUCGGCUUAUUUUCAUUGAGAACUUUUCUCUUUACGAUUGCUCUUUUUAGAAAUUGUUUCCAUCAUUCUCUGGUGGAGGUUUUAAGACUGCUGCUUUAGGACUUGGCUGAUGUAUACAUUUAAAAAUUAUUGUAGGAUUAUUUGUAAGCUGUCUUGAAUCCUUAAAAAAGAAGAAGCUGGGGCAUAUGGCUGAAAUUCAGACUUUGAGUGGGGUGGGGCCGUUCCUCCACCCCAUGGAGCGAUGCCCCAGUCCCUCUGUGAUUCCCUGUUCUGUCCCUAUAAGAAAUGCUGUGGUUGGAUCCCUGAAACUGGGCAUUCCAGGUAUGGGGACAGACUGAGCCAGCCCCACUACCACCUCUGAUUUGCCUGGCCCUUCCCUGCCUUGCUUCCUGACAAAUAUGAACAGCAAGGCAAUGGUGACCCUACUGCAGCCAUGGUGGGGGGUUUGGAUGACAUAAAAUACCCAAUUCUGUUUGCUUCAGUUACACAUCUCUGCUUUUUCUUUUCUUCCCUAAUAGUGUUUCCACAACUGUACUUCCACAUGCUUCGUCAAAGAAGAAAAGUGCUUCACGGCGAAGUGAUUGUAGAAAAGGACGAUUAAAAACAAGCCCUUUUAACCAUGGUGCUUUUUCAGAGUAACAAACCAAAAUCCAGAACGUGUUGCACGAGUCCAAGUGUGAAAUCAUGGAACCAGAAUAACCAGUGCACAAAACCAACAUAGAUCAUAUUAUUUAGUAACGCUAAUAUUUUUCGGACUUCAAGUCUGCAUUAAUUUUUGGUACUGUCUCCACCCCCACUCGUCAAAUUUAGGGGACUUUUCAUAUGUUCAUAACACUGCAUGUAUACUUGGAGGGGGCUCCUGCAGAAGGGUCCUAGCCAUUAGGAGAGCUUUUCAGGGGAAUGCAGGAAUGCUGUUGGGAGGGGAGCUGUAGAAAACCACACACAUCCCUUGGGAUCCUGGCCUGCGUCAUCAUAGGUCUAUCAGAUUUCCCACCUGUUAAUAUCUUAUCGGAGAAUUAAUAAAAUGUACCUUUUAUCUGUGUACAUAUAAUAAAUUAGAAACUUAAGACCAUUUCAGUGGCUGCAAAAACGAAAACCUGAAUGGUUUUCAAAAGCAUCUCCUUGAAACUGAUGCCAAGUGGGCUGUUCACUGUAAAUGGAGAUGGGAAUGAGCUCAGUCUUAAAUGCUGCAAUUUUUUUUUUUUUAAGCUCCUGGAAGGCAGUUGUCCUAUUUAAAGGAAUUCAUUACUAGAUACCUGCAAUAUGUUCUACACAAAAAGAUCAGAUCAAAAAUUCAGCUGUCCAGAUAAUUUAAGGACAAAGGGGUAUUUUUGUUCAUUUUGAGAAAUGUUUAUGUGCCAAAAUACAAUCAAAAAGAGAAAAGUGUAUGUUUGCCCUCUGCACAUUGGCAAUCUAUGAUACAUGAAAUUUUGGUUUACUUUGGUUUACAUGACUGUUUAGCAGUUUGCUCAGUAGACAGGAUCCAAAGAACCGCACAACUAAUAUACCCAUGGGACCUUCGGGCUUUUAUUUUUCAAAAGGCAGUCCUCUAUGUAAUAUAGAAAACCAGUUUUGAAGCUGAAGGUUUUCUGCUCAAAAACUGGUGGGGUGGAGUCAAAUGAUUGCAUGUGCAUUAUGCAGAUCUUUAGAUCCCAGCCUUUGUGCCUUAUUGUAAAAGAAUGUAAAAUCGUGAUAAAGAAAGUACAGUGGUAUCUCGGGUUAAGUAUUUAAUUUGUUCCGGAGGUCCAUUCUUAACCUGAAACUGUUCUUAACCGGAAGCACCACUUUAGCUAAUGGGGCCUCCUGCUGCUGCCGUGCCGCCAGAGCCCGAUUUCUGUUCUUAUCCUGAAGCAAAGUUCUUAACCCGAGGUACUAUUUCUGGGUUAGCAGAGUCUGUAACCUGAAGUGUCGGUAACCUAAAGCAUAUGUAACCCGAGGUACCACUGUACAAGUAAAGGAAAUUCAGGGAAAGAAAAACACUGGAUAUCUCCACCCAGCACCUGCAGUCUAGUCUCACACAUCCUGAAAUCUGACUCAAGGGUCAGGGGAUUGUACAGAGCACCUGACCUUGGGAAGCUGCCAAUAGGGGUGUGUGAUCCCUUUCUGCUUCCUGCUUGUGCUGUAGGAUCUUUGGAUCCAAGCCGUGAUGUGAUUAGAGCUUGUGGUGAACUCUUUCUUCAAAUAUACUUGAGUUUAUGUGUCUAGUCCUUUCAAAUUGUGUAUUAGCAAGGUUUUAGCUGAGGGGAGGGGGGUGCAGCUCUUUACUGUACACUUUUUACUGUAAGUGCUUUUCCGGCAAUAUAACAAUUUUAUUUUGGGGGUGGGGCCUCUGCAAUUUAAAAAAACACACAAAGGUGCUCUAACCAUUUUUCAUGUUAUGUAAAGCUUUUAAAAUAUAGUAUCACAAAAUCAUUCAGCUGUGUUUAGAUUAAAGGGUUUCAAGUUGCAUCAAUUAUAUUUUUGCAGUUACUGUUUAAGCCUGAUUUUUUUUCCUUUUAAAAACGUCAAACUAUUUCUUAAAAAAUAUCCAGGCAGCUCUUUGGUAUGUUUUGAAUUAGUACGGAGAAGAACUAUGUGAGAAGAUCUAUUUUUUCAAUGGUUAAUACGGUUACCUUUUCUAGCAUUUUAACUUCUUAAUGCCUAAGUAUAUUAUGUGCCUCAUCCUGUAAUUCUUGCUGAUCUAAAUUGGAUUUUCUGCAGCUGUUCUUUGAGUAGAAAUAUUUGGUUCUCAUGUAUGCUGUCGUUAAACCUGAGGAUGUUGUCAUACAGUAAACAAGGAAAUAUUGUAGGUAUUUUUUUACCAUUUUGUACAUCCAAUAUUAAAAUAAUACAAUUUCUUGCAAUCAUGAUUUCUGAUUUUCCACAGAGGAGCCAUGUAGUAUCCCUGGGUUAUAUUUUAAGGAAGAAAACAUUUUAAGGUGAUUUUACUCUGCUAAUACUCUGCAAAAUUGCACUUCAAAUAAACUAUUAAAUCCACACCCAAAUGUUUUUAUAGUUCUGCAGUUUCCAGAUGUAUAGAAUAUAAAGGUUUUUCAGUGCAGGGCUGAUGUGAUAUUGUCACUAAUAUGUUAUUAGCUUCAAACAUAAUAAUAUUUCUAACACACCACCCACCUGACUGGGUUGCCCCAGCCAUUCUGGGCGGCUUCCAACAAAAAUACAGGAAAAACAAGAACACUUUGUGUUUCCAGAUUGACUAGGAAAUUAUGGAUUCAAUACAUCCUAGAUAAUCUGGAGACCUCUGUAAAUAGUUCCAUUUACAUAGAAUGUAUUGCUUAAUUUUGGCAACAGAUCCAACCAAGAAAAUAUGAUAAAUGUAAACAAUGUUUGGUUGCAUUCACGCAAUAUUAUUCUCAUAACUGUCUCAUUGUCUUAGUUCUGAGCACUGAAUGUAUGUGGGGUUACUCUAGUUAUAGAAUCCCUUUAGGCUGUGGUUGUUCGCCAUUUGUGAGAAUCAGGUCCCCAAGUUGAGUGGCAGGGCUGUGAACUUGAAUAAAAUAUGGGUGGGGGCAGAUAACCCCCGACCCGCAUAACCAAUCACAAGACACUGCGCACACACACUGUUUGAAUGGCAAUGCCCAUCAACUUUGCCCCCCCCCAAAUAUUUUAUUGGGUGGGGGUGAAGGGACCUUAGCCCCUAGGAGUUGGCUCCUAUGCUAAGUGUCCUGUAUUGAGUAUAUUUUGUGGCUUGAUAACAAGUGAUUUCCCCCUUUUUUCAGAGGUCUUCUGCUUAGAUGUAAUCCAGUCAUUUCAUGUACAGGUAUUUCAUGCUGUAAACAUAACUCAGCCUAUAAACUUGAAGUUCACCAAGGUGUAUUUCCCCAAAUACUGUUGUACAAUGUAAGUUCUCAAAAUGGGGUGGUUGCUUUUUUGAGAAAAGCAGAAAAACUGAACUUUUAAACAAGUUAAUUUCACAAUGUUUACAUAGCACCAUUUUUGGGAUUUGGCUGCAUACUAGCCCGCAAGCUAAAGCAUAUUGUUUCUGGUACUGUGGCUAAUUAAGUUAACAAUUCAGUAAAAAUUUGUGCUUCCUGUUAAUUUGGAUAUGUCUGCUUUUACCAAGCAUUGACCAAAGGGCACCGGUCGGUUUAUGCAGCUGAAGUUUUUCAGAAGGUCAUAGCAGUCAUUGCAUGGAUACAAAUAUUAUGUUUCCAUAACCAGGAUUACUGCACACUCAAGUUCACCUUGAGAUCCUAACUGCAAUAAAUUACAGCACACUUUUUGGCACAUAUCCAUCUUGUAUCCUUCCUCCAAUAUCCUUCCCCUUUAAAUUCAGAUAUUACCUUAUUUAGCAAAUAGAGCUUAUAUUUGUGUAGCCUUUAAACACACACACACAAACUUGGAAAGACUAGUUUGCUGCUAAACCUUGUUGAUAACGAUUUAUUUGUUUACUAACUACCUAGGGACUUACACAUGAGUCCGAUCCUGCAAUGUGCUGCUGCGUGUGUUAAAUACCAAGCACAUUCCAGUGCUACAGAUUUCAGGAGCUCUCAAGAACGAUCCCGUCCUCCAGUAGUAACAUUUGCAUGUUUGAUACAACCUUCACUUAAUGGGCCAUGAAUAUUUAUCUUCCUUUCCUCAAAUAAAGAUCUCUCAUGUGUUUUGAUCUG